GAUGAACGCCUCCCUGGAUGGCGGCAGCCCCGGGAAUGGGAGCGGCGGGGGCGGGGGCGGUGGGGAAAGUGGCGGGAGGCCCUUCUGCCUGCUGGCGGCCGGCUACCCGGACAGCCUGGACGUCUGCCUGCUGGAGGCCAUCAUCAUCGUCUUCCUGACCGUCCUCAUCAUCUCGGGCAACCUGGUGGUCAUCUUCGUCUUCCACUGCGCGCCGCUGCUGAACCACCACACCACCAGCUACUUCAUCCAGACCAUGGCCUACGCCGACUUGCUGGUGGGGGUGAGUUGCCUGGUGCCCUCCCUCUCCCUGCUCCACCACCCGCUGGCCUUCCUGCCCGAGGCGCUGGUCUGCAAGGUCUUCGGCUACGUGGUCUCGGUGCUGAAGAGCGUCUCCAUGACCUCGCUGGCCUGCAUCAGCCUGGACCGCUACAUCGCCAUCACCAAGCCCCUCAGCUACAGCACGCUGGUCACCCCCUGCCGCCUGCGGGCCUGCAUCCUCCUGCUCUGGCUCUACUCGGGCGCCGUCUUCCUGCCCGCCUUCUUUGAGUGGGGCAAGCCCGGCUACCACGGGGACAUCUUCCGCUGGUGCGCCGACUCUUGGGAUACCCGGGCCGUCUUCACCCUCUUCAUCGUGAUCCUGCUCUACGCGCCGGCCGCCUUGGUGGUCUGCUUCACCUACUUCAGCAUCUUCCGGAUCUGCCAGCAACACACCCGGGAGAUCAACGAGCGGCGGGUGCGCUUCAGCUCCCAGGAAGGGGAGGCGGCCGAGGGCCAGCCGUGCCCGGACAAGCACUACGCCAUGGUCCUCCUGCGCAUCACCAGCGUCUUCUACAUCCUUUGGCUCCCUUACAUCAUCUACUUUCUCUUGGAGAGCUCCUCCAUCUACCACAGCCGCCUGGCCGCCUUCCUGACCACCUGGCUGGCCAUCAGCAAUAGCUUCUGCAACUGUGUCAUCUACAGCUUGUCCAACAGUGUCUUUCAGAAAGGGUUGAAGCACCUCUGGGGUGCCCUUUGCACCCCUUGCGGCCGGCACCGGUCGGCCAAGGACUCUUCUGCUGCCUCUCGCAGCAAAAGACCCUCCAACGGCUGUCACGUCUGACCAGGGGGGGGGGCUGCCCUGAACUCAAGACAUCCAGAUGUGCAAAAAGAGAAAGAGGGAGAGAGAGAGAGACCCAUGUCCUUCUCCCUGGGAAUGCUGCAGUUUUCCAAGGAUUUCGGGAGGAUUUCCACCAGCACGGGGGGGGGGGGCUGCCCCCGGGUUUCCACCAGCACGGGGGCUGCCGCCGGGUUUCUGGGUUCCGCCUUCUUCAGGAAGGUCCUGGUGGGAAGCAGGAAACGUCCACUUUGACCAGGGGGGAGGGUGGGGAGGGAAAAGGGAGUGGGGCUUCUUCUCUGGAGUGACUCAUGGAUGCUCUCCAGCACCGGCAAAAAGACGCUCCAAUUCUUCCCUCGCCUCUUUGCCCUGAUGUUUGGAGAUUUAUGCUCUUUGUCUCAGUGCAGGAGUGUGUACCUGGUUUAAUAGUGUAUUCUUCAAUUUGUUUGUGCAUAUGCCAAAGUACGUUUCGAAAAUCUUAUGGGUCCAAAUGAUGAUUGUUCCUCUCCAUCCUCUCCAGUCCCUAUCCCCCCUCCCAACACGCCUGUAGCCAAUAAUGUAAACACUUGAACCCCUGGAUUCCAGUGUGCCUGAGCCAGCGGUGUCCCCCCCCUUUUUUUUCCUCUCUAGGCUUUUUAUAACUGUGGUUAUUCCUCCUCUCCCGAUCCCCUUUUGCCCCCCUCCCUCCCUCCCUCCUCCCCUCCGUCUCACCAGGUUGUUCAUUUGUGAUUUAAAAGUACCGUAUUUGCAUUUUUCUUAAAAAAAAAAAAAAAGAAAAGAAAGAAAAAAAGAAAGAAAGAAACUUAACUGAAAUGUCUGUGUAGUAAAAAAAAAAAUGAAUGACUUUGGAACAGACCAAAUUAGCAAAUGAAUAAAAGUGUUUCCUUUCCCCCCACCAACUCCCCCUGAUUUAUUUAUUUAUUUAUUUAAGUCCAGCCGGAGAAAGAAAAAUAUUUAUUUUGUCCUUUUUUGUUGUUGUUUGUUUUCGAUUUGGUAGGCCAACCCGCUCCGGGAUUGUUUGGGGUUUUUGAGGAAGUUUGUCAAAACAAAUUUCUCUUUUUAUAUAUGUAUGUAUGUAUGUAUAUGUAUGUGUGUAUGUAUAUAUGUGUAUAUGUAUGUAUGUGUGUGUGUAUAUAUACAUAUAUAUACACAUAUACAUAUAUAUGUAU